AUGACCCAUAAAGCGCAUAUAUGUAUUGUACAUAUGCUGUAGGUGCAUACCUGUAAUGUCAAUCAUUUUAUAGGACUCUACGUUUAUAAUACGCAUGUGUCAUAACAAAGGUAUGUAGUGAACUUCUUUAUCAACAAAAAGCGAACAAAAAAUUUCCACGUAUUUAACUUCGUUCAGAAGAUAAAGUAUCACCUACUUAUAUUACGUGCAUAGUGCCGAACAAGAAAUUCAUUCAAGUAUAAUAUAAUACAGUGCAUUAUUGCAAAUAUCAUGUAAAUUUUUGAAGAAUUAUGAUUAUCAUCACAAUCAUGUGCAACAUCGUAUUAAAACGGACAAAUGGAGCAAAUUAUGGAGAAAGAGAUUAUCGUCCUUUUUAAAAUAUAAUUGCAUUGUCAUGUAAUAAAUAAAAGGAAGUAAAAUGUUGGUAGAAAUUAACGUGCUAACAAGAAAAAGGAAAAUAAGUUAGUGAACUGUAAAUAUAACGUGUAUGAAACAUCUCACGUUCAUACAAAAAUUGUAAAUCAAAAAUGCAGAGGUUACAUGAUACAACAUUGAUAUGUUAAUACAAGUAGCACAGAAUUUAAAAACAUUGAUAUUAUAUCAGCACAAAAUGUAAUGUUAAAUUAUUAUUAUUAUUAUUGUUAUUAUUAGUAAAUCAUACUUACAAUGGGGAAAAUUAUACCAAUGAGCUGGUUGAACCAGAUGUUGUUGAUUUUAAGUAUAUUAUGUGUAUCGUUAUCUUUAGUCAUACAAGAAUGGGCAGGUCUCAUACCAUUACCAAUUUAUAUUUCUAUAUCAUGGGCUAUUUUUAUUAUAAUAAUAUCAAUAUGGCUUAGUUGUUUUCUACUUCAACUUACUUUGAAAGCAAAUAAUCCACUUAAGAUCAAAUUUUUUCACAAUUGGCUAUAUCGAAAACUGGCAAAUAAGUUGAAGCUAUGUAAAUUGGAGAAAGAAGGUGAAUGCAAUAAUGAAUGUGAACGUAAAAUGACAAGUCAAAAUAUGAAUUUUGGACAAGCCACUAAUGAAAAAAAAACUGACAGUGUCUCAAAGACCAAGAAAUUACACAACAAAACAGUUAAAUCUGGUGCAAAUGGUACUUCUUCAAAACGUAAAAAGAAUGAAGAACUAAAUAAUUUAGUAAAAGAAAUAAAUUUAAAAUGUAUAAAUGUUUGGUAUAAAUCGAUCAGUAAUGAGAAAUCAUUUCCUAAUGAAACACAAGAAUUAUUAAAAAAAUUAUUGACCAAAUUGUUUUAUAGAAUCAGUUUAAUGGACAAAGUGAAAUUAACUCAUAAAUUGUCAAACGUGUUCUUAUUACAUUUAAAAGAGUAUUACAGAGCAUUACGUAGAGUCGAAAAAGGAACGGCUCCAAGUAUAGAAGAAGCAUUCAAGUAUUUACAUCCUGGUUCUCGUAGUACAGCAGCAUUAGAACAUAUGCUUCAUCAAAUGGUCACUAUUUUAUCAGAGGAAUUUUUACAAUGGGAAUUAACAAGCUCAUUACCAUGUAAAAUAUUAUUGUCUGUAUUAGCAAAGAGAUUAUUAUUAGUUAUAGAAACAGUUAGUUCUCCAAACUGGCUGUUUCAAAUUUUGUCAGAUCUACUACAACCAAUGCCAAAAGAAAUUGCUGAAGUUCAAAAUAAACAGGGAGCAGGCACACUAUAUACUAAAAAAAUUAUAUCCAAUGCUCUAUCUGAUGGAAUAGCAUCUGCGACAGCAGCUGUAAUUCCACGGCCACUUCCAAAAACCGAAUCUAGCUUAUCUGCAAAAACUACAAACCAUGAUAAAAAUUCUUCAUUAACCCUAAAUGAUCAAAGACCUACGUUGCAUUUAGAUAAUUUAACUAAAGAAUAUAGAGGUCUUUGGGGUCAAAGUAUGUCAGAGUUGGAUUCUGAAGUAGAUGAAGAGAAAAUAUCUCCUGUAUAUGAGGAACCUACGGAUUUUGCUACAACAAUUGCUAGGCUUAGAACGGUUUUACAACAAAAGUCAACUGUAAAUACACCUCUACACGUAGAGGAGAAGUCUUAUGUAGUAUAUGAAGGUAGCCAAUUUAUAAAUCUAUCAAUACCUUGGACAGAAUUUCAUACAGCUUUUGAUGGUUCGCAACAAUUACUUUAUUGUAUACAAUUUGAUGACGUGGAGCAGCGUGGUGUAGAUUUAUUCGAAACUACAACUGCUACUGUUAGAAGACAAUACCGCGAUUUUGCUCAGUUACAUGCUAGUCUACAAGAAAUUCCAGAAUUAGCUCCUAUUAUGUCAGAUUUAAUAUUACCGGAAGGAGGACGCGUUGAACUAGAAAAUUAUUUGAAAAUAUUAACAACGCGUUUAGCUAACGAGUGUCCAUCACAAUUACGACAUUUCCUACGUCCUAGUAGUAGUGCAGGUAAAAAAGCAGAUGCAGUUGCACCUCGAUUUGAUAGAUUUUUGGCAAAAACUGUAACUGGUGUUUUCAAUACAUUGAAAACGGUUGUGCCGGGUUUUGAGAUUGAACAAGAAGAGGAAAAUGUUCCAUUACCUACAUUAAUGCCUUUAGCAGAUAUACCAUGGAGAUUCGUCGAAAAUAUUAAAUCGAAAAGUUUAAUGAUUGAAUUGCAACAACUAAUAGCUGAAAGAACUGAAUAUUCUUCAGUGGAUACAGCUUACGAAGCUGUUGAUUCAAUUGAAGGUACCAAUGAUUCUGCAUUAUUAGCUCACUGGUUGGAAACUGCAAAAAAUUCUGAUGAAGAAAUGGAUGAAUUGGACUCUCAUUUGAUGUUAACAUGUAUUGCUAUAGAUCUUAUCUGUGAAUUACUGUCAGGAAUUGGCAGUACUAAUACUUUGCAACAAGAAGCAGUUGUUAGGUGGACUAAACUAUUAAUUGGAAAUGUGUCUGAACCUAUAUUACAAACUGCUAUUUUACGAGUUUUUGAUUACUUGGGUAACAUGUCACUUUUUCAUAAUAUACAAAACAAAAUAUCUGAGGAACCUAUAACGGAAUUAAAGGAAAAGUUGUUACAGCAAUUGUUUACUAAAAUCCCAAUUGAUAUAAAACUGAUAUUUGGUGAAGAUGAUACAUUAAACAUUUUGAAGUAUUUGCUUGGUUCAUACGAAAUGAAAAAAAUUAAUUUGGACUUAAAUCUACAGAUAGUAGAUGUUCUAGCAUCACAGUUAUUAAUUUCAUCUAAGAAAACAGCGAUUCAAUUCCUUUUUUAAAUUACAUUUAUAUAGUGUUCAAGUAACAUAUAAAUCAUUAAAAGUCAUUAAUUAUUAGACUAUAAUUUAGUCAAGAAGGAAUUGAUGUGCCAUAUGUAAUAAGUUUGUUAAUGAUUAACAAUUUAAAACUAUAUAAAGUUUUCAAAACCAAACUAUGUACCUGAUUACAUGUUUACAAUAAGAAUGCCAAGUAUUUUUUUCAUUAAAAAGAAAACGUAACUCUUAUGAGUUGGACAAUGUAUGUUAUAUGCAUAUUUAGGUACUAUGUGC